AUGCCGAGCGCAGGUGAUGCACCACCAAUCCUCGACUUCUCGAGCUUCUAUAAAAACGAUCCUGCAGCAAAGAAGAAGCUUGUAGAGGAAGUCAGGGACUGCUGCUUGCACAAUGGCUUCUUUCAGAUCACAGGACACAAUGUACCCCUCGAGUUACAAAACAAGAUCAUGAACUGGAACAAGAAGUUCUUUGACCUAGAGCUGGAGCAGAAGAACACGGUGAACAAAGACACAACUAACACAUGGAACCGCGGAUACGAGCUGAUGAAGUCACAAAUUCUGGAAGAAGGCACACUACCUGAGCUGAAGGAAGGUUUCUAUAUCGGCGACGAGAUCACGAAGGAUCACCCCUACUUUGUCAACAAGAAGCUCAAUUCUGGUCCCAACAUGUGGCCGUCCGAAGAGAUCCUCUCCAAUGUUGAGGGCUUCAAGAGCACAGCACUUGACUACUACGGUCAAGUCGUCGAACUGGCUAAGGAUAUCCUCAAAGUUCUGGCACUGACACUGGAUCUGGAAGAGAGCUGGUUCGACGACUUCAGCAGCGACGCAGUCGCCACAAUGCGCCUUCUGCACUACCCAUCCCAGCCGGCAGACAGCCCUGCAAAGCUCACACGAGGCAUUGGUGCGCACACGGAUUUCGGCUGCGUCACAAUCCUGCUACAGGGCGAUGUCGCCGGCCUGCAAGUCUAUGACUACUCCACAAAAGAAUGGCUCGACGUCACACCUACACCUGGCGCUUUCGUCGUCAACCUCGGCAACCUGAUGAUGCGCUGGUCGAACGACAAGUACAUCUCCAACUUGCACCGUGUCAUUAACAAGAGUGGAGAGGAGCGCUACAGUAUCCCGGUGUUCUUCUCUGGAAACCCAGAUUACGAAGUCAAGUGCUUGCCAAACUGCAUAAAAGAGGGCGAAGAGCCGAAGUGGCCCCCAAUCACAGUCGAGCAGGCGAUCAAGAAUGGAUACGCGGACUCGUAUGGAAGGGCGGAGAAGUACAAGAAGGAGGCGGCAGCGAAGGCGGCAGGGGAGGUACUGGUGAAGCCUGGUCAACAAGUUGCUGUUGCGUAG